AUGGUUUCCAUCAAGCAAGUUUCGAUCAUUUCGACCCUCCUUUUUGGCCUCGGCCAACAGGUGGUCGCCGACUCUUUCGACGACAACGAGCUUGCCGCCCGUGGCGAGAACGAUGUCUCCGAUGGCGGCUACCUCUUCGAGACACGCGACGUCCUCGAUGAUGAACUUGACACCCGCGACCUCCUUGAGGAGGAGCUGGAAAUCCGCGACGACGAGGAUCUCGAGGCCCGAGGCGUCGAGGGAGGUGAUCUGGAGACCAGGAGGAACACUCCCCCUCCUACUCCCCCACCAACCCCACCUCCCAUCGUUAUCACGCCUCCUAGCCCUCAACGCAAUGGGCGACGCCGUCGUGGUCUAGGACGACGAGGACUUGGUAAGAGGAGGAACACUCCUCCUCCUACUCCCCCUCCUACUCCCCCUCCUAUCGUCAUCACGCCUCCUAGCCCCCAGCGCAACUCCCGCUCGCGUGGCCGCCGAAGCCUCGGUAUCCGGAGGAACACUCCCCCUCCUACUCCUCCUCCUACUCCUCCUCCUAUCGUCAUCACGCCUCCUAGCCCCCAGCGCAACUCUCGCUCACGCGGCCGCCGAAGCCUCGGUAUCCGGAGGAACACUCCCCCUCCUACUCCUCCUCCUACUCCUCCUCCUAUCGUCAUCACGCCUCCCAGCCCCCAGCGCAACUCCCGCUCGCGUGGCCGCCGAAGCCUCGGUAUCCGGAGGAACACUCCCCCUCCCACUCCUCCUCCCACUCCUCCUCCUAUCGUCAUCACACCUCCCAGCCCCCAGCGCAACUCUCGCUCGCGCGGCCGCCGAAGUGUCUACGGAGAUAUUGAGAAGAGAAGGAACACUCCUCCUCCCACUCCUCCUCCUACCCCUCCUCCUAUCGUCAUCACGCCUCCUAGCCCCCAGCGUAACUCUCGCUCGCGCGGCCGCCGAAGCGUCUACGGAGACAUUGAGAAGAGGAGGAACACUCCCCCUCCCACUCCUCCUCCUACCCCCCUCCUAUCCGCAAUGCUCGCAACCGCGGUCGCCGCUAAAGCCUCGGGCCGUGAAGUGUCGCGAGGGUUCUGGAGUGAUCUUGGGGAAGCAGGGCUAUGA